CUAGACAAACAGACUCUUAAUCACGUAGUAUGAUAGCAUGAUCAUCAAGUAAGAGCCUGCUAUUGUUCUGAAGUGAUCUUAUGUCUCAGUCAGAGUUGCUGGUUUCGAGCUGGUGCAAAAAUGCCAAGUCCCUGCCUGCAGAUUAUAUAAUGCCACCUGAGAAAAGAGUCACUGAUUUUACGGUUUCUAAAGAAAUUCCAGUUCUUGAUUUAGAACACGAAGCUGGCCCUGGUAGAUCAGCUCUGAUCCAGCAGAUUAUCAAGGCAAGCCAGGAGUUUGGGCUAUUUCAGGUGAUUAAUCAUGGAGUAUCAGACGAGUUGAUGCAUGAGACAAUGAGUCUCUACGAGGAAUUCUUUAACUUGCCAGUUGAUGAUCAAGAAAAAUUAUUUUCGGAUGAUUUUUUUAGUAGUGUUAGGCUGUACACAAGUGGCUAUAAUUAUGCUAAUGAGGAUUUUCAUCUUUGGAAAGAUACUCUGAAACACCUUACUCACCCUCUAGAGGAUGUUGUUCAAGGUUGGCCUGAUAAGCCAUCGCGAUACAGAGAAGUGAUGACGAAAUAUUCAGUGGAAGUGAAUAAGAUGACCACCAGGAUUCUGGACCUCAUCUGUGAAGGACUUGGGCUUGAAGAAGGGUUUUUCAGAGGCGAAAUGACCAAAGGUAUAGGAAUGGUGAUCAACAAUUAUCCACCAUGUCCGGAACCAGAUUUGGCCAUGGGAAUACAUCCGCACUGUGAUCCUUAUAUCUUAACCAUAAUUCAGCAACAAGUCUAUGGGCUUCAGAUAAAGAAAAAGGAGCAAUGGAUAGGUGUGGAACCAAUCCCGAAUGCAUUCGUUAUCAUGAUACCUUACCAACUACAGGUCAUCAGUAAUGACAAGCUAAGAAGUUGUGAGCACCGGGGAGUGACAAAUUCAAGUACUGCUCGGAUAUCAAUUGUCACCUUCUGUGGUCCUUCUAAAGAUUGUGAAAUUGGACCUGCAAAAGAGCAUGUUAGUGCUUCCAAUCCACCACGUUUCAAGAAGUAUAAAUACUUGGAUUUUCAGAUCAACUAUCUACAUCAGUUAUCCAAGAAGAACCUCUGCAAUGAAACAGCACUAGGGCCUUAUCUCCUCUAGGUCUUUGUUUAUCAAAAAUUCAAUACAUCAACAGACUUGUGUUGUGUGUGUGUCUGUGUCUUUGUUUUCAAGUCUCUAAGCUAAAGCUUAAUUACUGCUAGAGAAGUCUGCUGAUUUGAUGUAUCUACAUAUCUGCAUGUUGUAACAUAUAUUUACAGUUUGUAAUCCAACAUGAAAUGAAGUGUUCUCUUCAUUAGAAUGUAA